UCAUCAUGGCAUCAUCAAUCGUUUCUCAAUUCUAUUUGAAGUGAAGUGACGUGACGCAGUCGAAACGGCUGACAGGAAAUUUGGAUUUGAUACUGAAGAGUCAGGGUCAGAGUCGAUCAUGGUGUCAAAAUUGAUCUUAGCUCCGUCGUCUAUUUGAUGAAGAAGAUGAAUGAAAUGCUUGGAGGAGCUUCUCGCGCACUGCUGAUCCUUCUUCUUCUCCUCUUCCAAGGUUUGGGCGGAGACGGGAGUGAUUUCGUCGCAGAUGACGGAGAUUUUGGCGGAGACUACUCUAAACUCUCCGGUAUCAUAAUCCCUGGCUUCGCUUCCACACAGCUCCGAGCUUGGUCCAUUCUGGAUUGUCCGUACUCGCCUCUCGAUUUCAAUCCCCUCGACCUCGUCUGGCUCGACACUACUAAACUUCUUUCUGCAGUCAAUUGCUGGCUCAAGUGUAUUUUGCUAGAUCCGUACAAUCAAACUGAUCACCCUGAGUGCAAGUCACGGCCUGAUAGUGGUCUUUCAGCUAUCACUGAACUCGAUCCUGGAUAUAUAACGGGUCCUCUUUCUUCAGUGUGGAAAGAAUGGAUAAAAUGGUGUAUUGAAUUUGGUAUUGAAGCUAACGCAAUUAUUGCUGUUCCCUAUGAUUGGAGAUUGUCACCAACAAUGCUUGAGGAGCGGGACCUUUAUUUCCACAAGCUCAAAUUGACAUUUGAGACAGCCUUAAAACUUCGUGGAGGCCCCUCAAUAGUGUUUGCUCAUUCAUUGGGUAAUAACGUCUUUCGCUACUUUUUGGAAUGGUUGAAGCUGGAAAUUGCUCCAAAACACUAUUUCCAGUGGCUGGAUCAACAUAUUCACGCCUACUUCGCUGUUGGAGCUCCUCUUCUUGGUGCACCUGACACGAUAAAAGCAACUCUUUCUGGUUCAACAUUUGGUCUCCCUAUCUCCGAGGGGACAGCAAGGGUGAUGUGCAAUUCAUUUGGCUCUUCAUUGUGGAUGAUGCCAUUUUCCAAGUAUUGUAGGGGAGAUGAUGUAUAUUGGAAGCAUUUCUCCAAGGGGAAUGGGGGAGUUCAUCACUCCUAUCGCUGUAGUGAGCAGGAACCUCAGUCAAACUACUCAGGGUGGCCAACAUAUAUAGCCAAUAUAGAAGUUCCAUUAGUCCAUGACUCAGCUGGAUAUGGUGCGUACCCAUCACUUUCAGAAGUUACACAUGAAAACUUAACGAGCAUGGAGUGUGGACUUCCUACUCAGCUGUCUUUCUCUGCCCGUGAAACAUCUGAUGGAACUUUUUUCAAAGCAAUCGAGGAUUAUGAUCCAGAUGGCAAGAGACUUUCAUAUCAGCUGCAAAGGCUAUAUCAUAGAGAUCCUGUCCUGAAUCCACUGACACCUUGGGAUAGACCUCCGAUAAAGACUGUUUUCUGUAUUUAUGGAACAGAUUUAAAGACAGAGGUUGGUUACUAUUUUGCACCAAGUGGAAAGCCUUACCCAGAUAAUUGGAUCAUUACAGAUGUCAUUUAUGAGAUCGAGGGGUCUCUUAUUUCGAGAUCAGGGAAUCUGGUAGAUGGAGAUCCUGGUAUUGCCAGUGGGGAUGAGACAGUACCAUACCAUUCUCUCUCUUGGUGCAAAAGCUGGCUCGGACCAAAAGUGAACAUAACAAGGGCUCCUCAGGCAGAACAUGAUGGGUCAGAUGUACAGAUUGAUAUGAAUGUAGAGCAUAACUAUGAAGAAGAUAUUGUUCCCAACAUGACUAGGUCACAGAGGGGCAAGUACAUAACUUACUAUGAAGACUCAGAAAGUAUUCCAGGAAAAAGAACUGCCGUAUGGGAGCUUGAUAAAGUUAAUCACAGAAACAUCGUGAGAUCCCCUGUUCUAAUGCGAGAAUUGUGGCUCCAGAUGUUGCAUGAUAUCCAUCCCAAUGCGAAGUCAAGCUUCGUUACCAAAGCUAAGCGUGGACCAUUGAGGGACGAGGAUUGUUACUGGGACUAUGGAAAAGCUCGGUGUGCCUGGCCUGAGUACUGUGAAUACAGAUAUGUUUUUGGGGACGUUCACCUUGGACAGAGCUGUAGGAUAAAGAAUAACUCAACGGAUGUGCUCUCACAUUAUUUAUAGAUUACAAGCUGUUGUCUUCCAUCACAUGCAGGUAUUCCAAUAGCAGGUUUCAUCCAUUACUCAAAAUUUCUACUAGCCAGAAUGGCAAAUUCCAGCUAUAAUGAGAGGUCUAUCAUUCUCCCAAGUAGGAGAAACUGGGGCGUAGAAUUCUCGAGGAUAGCAACCAUUUUCUACUGACAUUCUUUGUAAUAGACAGGUAAAAAUUGCGAUAGCACAUUCCAAUUAUAUGUAAUAAACACUCAGUUGCUAGUAUGCCUAUGAAAAUAAUGCCCCAGAAUUUUGAUGAGAAGUUUUGCUCGUAAGAUUUGCCAAUGUUUUUGUAAGUAAAGAUGCUCAUAUUAUAGAAGUUAUACAUUUCCAUCUUCCAAA